GACUUUGUAGGGUGACUGUUUCCAUUUCAAGCUCUCUAUCUCGAGUUUACAGUUUCUUUUCUCUUUUAAAAAUUCUUUCUUUCGUCUUCAUCUUUGGUCUGCAUACUCAGAAAGCAACUCCAACGCGCUUUAGAUAUCUCAAACAAAAAAGUAUGGGAUGGCUGCCUUGUUCUGGCAAUUCCAACAAGAAAGCUAAAGCUAAGGCCAAGGACAAAAUGAAGAUGAAUCAGAAGCCUGUUGAUCGGAUCAGUUCCGUUACUGAGAAAUUGAAGACAGAUUCCUCCUGGAGUGUUAAGGAGUCAUCUCAAAACGGAGGGUCCGACCACAUUGCAGCCCAGACACUUACCUUCCGUGACUUGGCAACUGCAACUAAAAAUUUUAGAGCAGACUGUCUCUUGGGAGAGGGGGGUUUUGGUAGAGUGUAUAAAGGGCAUUUAGAAAGUACUAACCAGGUUGUAGCUAUCAAGCAACUAAAUCGUAAUGGAUUGCAGGGUAACAGAGAAUUCCUUGUCGAAGUAUUGAUGCUAAGUUUACUUCACCAUCCUAAUUUGGUUAAUCUAAUUGGUUAUUGUGCUGAUGGAGAUCAAAGGCUUUUGGUUUAUGAAUAUAUGCCUUUGGGAUCUUUGGAAGACCACUUACAAGGUAGAAAAUACAAUGAUAUCACACAUAUCAUUAUUUUACCUUUUCUUUUUCACGCUCACUUGAUUGCAGUUCUCUUGUGCUAUUCUGCAGAUAUUUCACCUGGUAAGAAACCACUUGAUUGGAAUACAAGAAUGAAAAUAGCAGCUGGAGCAGCAAGGGGAUUGGAGUAUUUACAUGUCACAGCUAAUCCCCCCGUUAUAUAUCGAGAUUUAAAAUGUUCUAAUAUUUUGCUUGGUGAAGGAUAUCAUCCCAAGCUCUCUGAUUUUGGCUUGGCCAAACUUGGUCCUGUUGGAGAUAACACCCAUGUAUCUACCAGGGUUAUGGGCACCUAUGGAUACUGUGCUCCAGAGUAUGCAAUGACAGGUCAACUGACUUUAAAAUCAGAUGUGUACAGCUUUGGAGUUGUGCUUCUGGAAAUCAUUACGGGCAGGAAAGCAAUUGACACUUCAAAAGCUGCGGCAGAGCAAAAUCUGGUUGCAUGGGCAAGACCCUUGUUCAAAGAUCGAACAAAAUUCUCUCUCAUUGCUGAUCCAGAGCUCCAAGGUCAAUUUCCUUCAAGGGGCUUAUACCAAGCUCUUGCUGUUGCAGCAAUGUGUGUCCAGGAGCAGCCAGAUAUGCGACCAGUUAUCGCUGAUGUUGUCACUGCUUUGACUUACCUGGCUUCUCAAAAGUAUGACCCUGAUACUCAUAUCGUCCGAAGCCCCCGCUUGGCCCCUGUUACUCCUCCUAGAGCAAAGAGAGACAGAGACAAAAAGUACAGUGGUGGUAGCGGAUCUGAAAGAGAUCGAACCAGAAGAUUAAGUUAAGUUUGGUCGAGUAAUUGGUGACAAGUUUCUUUCUUGCAUUCCUAAUAUUGGAUUUGGCUCCUUUCAUGCGUGCCAUGGAAAUUGCUUUGGGGAGACUGAUAAAAGCUUCUAUGCACAUACCUGAAGAAUUUUUGUGUUCUUGAACUAUAUGUCACAAGGCUCAGGAUUUUAGUUUCAAUGCUUGAUGACUGCAUUAAGAAUAUGUGUUCUUAUUAAAUUUUGUAUAAAGCCAAAUAAGACGUGUGUUUUCCUAUUUAACUUAUUGUUAUAUUUUUGUUGUUA